GGGAGAGUAUAUGAGUCGACCGCAGUCAAAAAUAGAUACUCAGCAAAAUGAGCUGUAAUAUACUACUAGAAAGGGCUCUGCCGCUAGGCAGGAGCGUUUGUAAUCGAUUUAUGAACCGUAUACAGCCAGUGGCGGUAGUAAAAAGAUACGCGCACACAUUCCAUGAACCUCCACACUUUAAAUACCAAGGAGACGGACUUCCACCUAUAUCCUGUGAACAGAUACAACAAAUGGUACACAUGAACGAACGUAUGGCACAUGGAAGACUGGCACCCAUGAGACCGGCCACAACACCGCUACGCGAGUCGGAGUGUUCAGUAGAAGGACAAAACCUAGAACUUUUUGAAGACUUGAAAGAACUACAUGAUUGCGUACUCGCAGCUAAUUGGCAUAAUUCAAUGUUGAUGACCAUGAACGCCGAUAUAUGGGAAGCUAGACUAGCACAUCUCAAGGAAUUGGCUGAAGAUGUACCAGAUAUGCAAGUACAAAUCAUGUUGAGCAAAACACUGGAACUUUUCGAUGCACUAUACAAAGCAGAAGAUGUGCAAGAUCACAUAUUUGAACUAGUUGAGGAACUACCUCACUUUGGAGGGAAACCAGCAUCAGGAGCACCUAUUGCCACAGGAAACCUAGAUAAACAUAUCAAAUUAGUAUUAGAAAGAUACGCUAAAUUAAAGAAGGAACAUCCAAGAUAUACAGCAAAAAUACAAGAUUCAGUGGGAUACUCACUGGCGCUGCUAAGGCAAAGAUAUACGUUCAGCUGGCCAGAGGAACACAAGUAUUUCUAUUAAUACAAAAAUUGAACUCCAUAAAUUUGGAUUUGUAACAUCGGGGA